AUGUCAGUGACUCUUUUUCCUGGGGUAGCUGUUGUCACUGGUGCUGGCGGGACUGGAAUCGGAGCAGCAGUUGCUAGGGCAUUUGCGGCCGCAGGAUGCCAAAGGAUCGCAAUCACAGAUCUAAAUGGUUCAACCCUGCAGCGGACCCAGGAAGCCAUUAAUGCGGCUCACCCGGGCGUACAGAUAUUUGCCCAGGCCGGUAAUGUGGCCGACGACCACUUCGCCGAGUCAUUUAUUGGCGCAGUCGUCAAGAAAUUCGGUCGGGUGGACUACGCAGUUAACUGCGCCGGCAUACUCGGUCAAUCUUUACGUUCGGCCGAGACUGGUAUCGAGGAAUUCGACCGUGUGAAUGGCGUCAACUAUCGGGGCUGCUGGCUCUCUUCGCGAGCUGAGCUGAAACAGAUGGUCAAGCAGGAUGCGCUUUGCAGCCAUGAUCCCAAACGCCCCGCUCAGCGGGGCGCAGUGGUAAAUAUCGCCAGUCAGCUGGGCAUUGUGAGCCGACCAACUGCUCCGUCCUAUUGUGCAUCCAAGGCCGCUGUCAUUGGGAUGACCCGUGCCGAUGCAGUUGACUACUCCAAGGAUGGCAUUCGGGUGAACUGUGUCUGCCCGGGUGUUAUCGAAACCCCGAUGAUCAUGGAGAACCCUGCUGUCCGGGAGACCAUUACCCCCGCAGCGGAGAUAGCACCCAUGAAGAGGAUGGGCCAGCCUGCCGAAGUGGCAGAUGCGGCACUGUUCCUGUGUUCAACCCAAGCAUCUUUUGUCCAGGGCCAUGUGAUGGUGGUGGACGGGGGGUAUGUCACGGUAUAG